AUGAAUUCCUCAAACAUAGACGAAACCGUGAAACUAAACACCGGUUAUGAGAUGCCAAUCCUGGGGUUGGGCACCUGGCAGGCACAUGGAGCUGAGGUCAAACAGGCUGUUAUUGAUGCCAUUAAGAUCGGUUACAGACAUAUCGAUACCGCUUCCGAUUACGGCAAUGAGGUAGAGGUGGGUCAGGCCAUCGCCGAGUCUAUUAAGGCCGGUGUCAUCAAAAGGGAGGACCUGUUUGUGACGACCAAAGUGUGGCCCCAGGGCUCCGACCGUAAGAAGUCGUUGGCUGAGGUGCACCAGUCGCUCACCAAACUGAACCUGACAUACCUGGACCUGGUUCUCGUGCACUUCCCUCAGGGAGACUUUGUGGACGUGUAUAAGGGCUUAGAGGACGCCUACAACGAAAAGGUCGUCCGAUCUAUCGGUAUCUCAAACUUCAACGAAAACCAAACCAACGAAUUGGUGUCCAAAACGACUGUCAAACCGGCCAACAACCAGAUCGUAUGUAACCCGAGGGCCGCACAGAGCGGGUAUGUGGACUACUCGCACACCCAUAACAUUACGGUCACCGCAUACUCACCCCUCGGCACCGGUACUCUCGUGAAAGACCCUAAAUUGGUUGCCAUCGGACAGAAACACAACAAGAGUGCCGCUCAGGUGAUGAUCAGAUGGCAGAUCCAGAGGGGAGUGAUUGUGAUCCCCAAGAGUGUGAAGAAGGCGUACAUUCAGGAAGACUUCGAGGUCUUUGACUUCACUCUAACCGCUGAUGAGAUGAAACAAAUCCCGUAUUAA